AUGGUAAGCAAUGACGGUUUUGCCAGUGGAUACAAGGUGAAUAACACGAGCAAUGUGGGGAACGUGAAUGCCGGUGUUGGGAGCGCCGGGGCGAGUAGCAACACUGCCGGGAGCGCCAGCGGCCUCAACAGUGGCCUUGGUCUGGGUUCGCGGGGUGGAGCGUAUCACCACAGCACAAAUGAGAGCAACGCCAGUAGAGGUGGGGCGGGGAGGAACGCGGCCGCGAGGGGCACCCCCAGUCAGGGUAACCCCAUCCAAGGUAAUCCCAAUCAGAGCAACUCCAGUCAGGGCGGUCCAAAUCAGGGUGGUCCAAAUCAGGGGGGUCCCAAUCAGAGCACUCCCAGUCAGGGCGGUCCCAACCAGGGCAUCGCGAACCUCAGUACUCCUAGCCAGGGUGGGUCAGCAUCCAACGUCGCAGUGUCAGCUCCCCUGAACAGCGUGGCGCAGGGAAUUGCUCAAGGCAGUGCUAACGGUGUGGGCGGAGGGCGACACGCUUCUCCCCAACAUCAGGGAGCAUCGUCCAGCCACGGCGUCGUUCCUCCCACUUCAAACACGCGCAAUGUGAAGAACAGCAGUUCGGCCACUGGUAUGAGAAGCCUAACUAGCGGUAUCGGUCAAUACGGCCAACACAGCGAGCAUGUACCGAACGAAGGCGGCAACGGGGAUGGAAGCGAGAAUGGCAACGGGAAUGACCGCGGAAACACAGGUACAAGUAGCAGCCACGCCAACAAUGCAACCAACGCACGUAACACACCUCCAACCGAUGACGAGGAAAAAAGGAAGGUGUACCAGCUCGUCUUUGACUUAUGCUACUCAGAUAAGAGGGAUAGUGCAUUACUAGAGUUGUCUAGAAAACGAGAAACCUACCACGACAUUGCACCGGUUUUGUGGAACUCAUUUGGAACGAUAACGACGUUACUUCAAGAAAUUGUGUCGAUAUAUCCUCAGUUAUCACCUCCCUUACUGACCACCUCAUCUUCUAACCGCGUCUGCAACUCACUAGCACUUCUCCAGUGUGUGGCAUCGCACCCCGAGACCAAGCAGCACUUCCUCAAUGCACAUAUUCCUUUGUUCCUUUAUCCAUUUCUAAAUGCAGAAUCUAAAAAUAGACCCUUUGAGUAUUUGCGCCUAACUUCUCUAGGGGUCAUUGGUGCAUUAGUUAAGGUCGACAACCCCGACGUAAUUAACUUCCUCUUGCAGACGGAGAUCAUCCCACUUUGCUUACGUAUUAUGGAGACAGGAAGUGAAUUAUCCAAAACGGUGGCUACCUUUAUUGUGCAGAAGAUUCUAAUCGACGAAUUGGGACUCAACUACAUAUGUGCCACUCCUGUGAGAUUCUAUGCCGUGUCAACGGUCCUUUCAAAUAUGGUUAAUGCAUUGAUAGAGAAUCCAUCCUCCAGAUUGUUAAAGCAUAUUGUCAGGUGUUACUUAAGGCUGUCUGAAAAUCCCAAAGCCUUGAAGGCACUUAGGGAAUGCCUCCCUGAAUCGUUGAGACAUGUGCACAAGGCUUUUAUUCCAUGCCUCAAGGAGGACCCUUACACCAAGAAGUGGCUUCUGCAACUUCUUUACAAUAUUAACAGCGAGGAUGUCACGCACGUCCCCGGGGGAAGCCACGCGGGUAGUCACAUUGGUAGCCAGGUCGGGGUACAGAGCGGCAGCCACGUUGGGUCACAUGCAGCUGGGCAGGCGGGGACUCAAGGGGGGGUGGCCCCUGGUAUGCAGACAAGGGAACACGCCGGUGCGCAUGCCACUGCCCAUACCACUUCCCACGUUGGAGGAUAUGCCGCCGCUCCCCACGCAGGAGGACAUAGCGGCGUGAGCGGGGGACUGAGACAGGGUCUCCACAGUGCCGGUGGUUCGAAGAGCACCUAUGCGGGGGUCGGCAUUCCGGCGAGCAUGAGUGAGGGCUCCUCCGCGGCAGGAGUCAGCGGCGGACACGGUACUGGUGGUCAUUCUGCUGGUGGUCAUGCUGGUGGGGCGCAUCCCAGUGGAGGCCUCGUCUCCUCCGGCAGCAACUCCUUUAAGGACAAGGUGCACAUGGGAGGUGCGAGCAACCCGAGCGUUAGCAGCAAGGCUGGCUCGGUUAAGGCGAUGGCAAGCGGGAUGACAAGCGGGAGCGCUGCACCGAGUAGUGCGGGAGCGUCAGCACUGAGUAAUGCUGCCCCGAGCAGCAAUGCCAUGAACAGCGCCGCAAAUAGCGCGAAUAACGCGAAUGGUGCAGCCGGCGCCACGAACAACACCAGCAGCAGUAACGGGACAAACGUCCCCAGCGCACACGAGGGAAGUAGCGGCGGAGGUGCGAACAGCGCAGGAAAGGCUGGGAUCAAUGGAAAGGCGGGCAGCAAUGCAAAGAAAGGCAGCAACGGAAAGACAGGCAGCACCGCAAAGGCAGGUAGCAAUGGAGGCAGUGCCAACAACAACGGAAGCAACGCAGCCAGUGGGCCCAAUCAUUAA